AUAGAAAUUUGCUGCAAAGAAUCAAACCAAACAUAAACCUAUUACCUAUCAACACUAUGGAGACUACUAACCCUAGCAAUUGGUCGAACCUCACUCUCAAUAUCCUCAUAUCUCUGUUUAAACGUUUGAGCUAUGUGGAUUUCCAUCGAGCUAAGAUGGUUUGUUCCUACUGGUAUUCUGGUUCGAAACAAACAGUUACCCGGAAAAGCGGAAUACCAUGGCUAAUGCUUUUUCCAGACGACGGUGGUUGCUUGCUUUGCAAUCCAUACGAAAAAGUGGUUUACAAGACAAAGAGAGACUGUUCAGGGAGUCGAUUCCUGGCAAGCUGCGGUAAAUGGUUGUUGAUGCUAGAUUCUCGAUCCAGAUUAUAUAUUAUAGAUGUGUUUAGUGGGAAUAGGAUUGAUCUUCCUCCAUUAGAGUCGCUUUUAUCGAACUACUCUGCUCUGAAGCGGGACAUCUUGUGGGUAGACGAGGAGACGAAAGAAAGGGAAUGCUCAUUACGAUCUCAUUCCAGUUACCUAUGGAGUUCCCAGGAAGAUAACUGGCCUUGUUCAUGGUCUUGUUCUUCGGGUUACCGUCUAUACAUCUUAACGUCUCGUCGUUCCGUUCGAGUCAUAGAUUUUUCUGGGCAGCAAGGUUUGGAAGAACUCACUGGGAGUGACACAUCCCCAAUGUUUUCUCCUCUUGGAUAUAGUUGUUAUUUUAGCAUCGCGGUUACCACAGCCGGAGAGGUUUUGUUGGUCACAACCACAACCUCUGAAAGUAGCGAAAGGGUCUUCUGCUUCUGUAUCUACAAGAAGGCUCAUAAUGCUGAUCCAGAGGACCAAAUUGCCCGAUCUUGCCUGCUUCUCGACUUGGGUAUUACUGUGCCUGCUAACCAUGCCCUUGGUAUCCAACCAAACACAAUCUAUUUCACACUUCAUAACCGUGUCCGUUUCAGCAUGUCUUUUGAUCUGGAAAUCUGUGUGUUUAAUCUUGCAACUAACACCCUCAUCAAACACUUCCCUCAUCUUGCCAACUUGAAACCCAAGGAUGCUCUAUGGUUUCUCCCUAUGACUUGAUUCAUGAUAUUUGUUGUUCUUGAUUCCUUUUAGUUCUAUAUCUAGUCGUCUUUUUGCGUUUGGUUUGAUUCUAUUCAUUACUUGGUUGUUACGUUUUGAUUAGAAAAGAUAUGUAAUUCGAUCGUAAUUAGGUAAAUGAUUGAAAUGGUCAGGGAUUUUUAGAGUUAAUAUAGUGUUACAGAGAGA